UCCCCAUAAAUUCCUUUGCCACAAGCCCACGCUCAGCAAAAGACAAGAGCCUCUGUGGCUGGGCAAUGCCAGAAGGGAUGAAGAAGCCCAAGAAGGGGUAAAGGAGGAAGACGCUGACAGUGCGUCCAGAGCGAGAAGAGAUGUGCAGACGCUGAUCAGAAAGUGGACCAGCUCAAAGUGGGACGCUGUGAGGACGGACGCCUGCCAAGUGGCACAAUUAGUCAGGAUGGAUGAGCACGACCGAGUAAGCCAAGCAUCCAGCGUGGCCACCAUCUCCUACUUUCCUGUCAGACGGGAAAGCGAUGGCAAGCUGCAAGCCUUUGGAAAAAGGUGUCAAGCCGUCAAGAGAGACCCCAACUCCCCCGUGGUCAUCAGAGGAUGGCUCAACAAAAAAGACAGCAGCGGAUUGAAAUUAUGGAAGAGAAGGUGGUUCGUCCUCUCCGACUAUUGUUUGUUCUACUACAAAGACAGCAGAGAAGAACCCGUGCUGGGCAGCAUUCCACUGCCCAGCUACAAGAUCUUAUACUGCAUGCCGCGAGAAUGCAAAAACAGGAAGUUCACCUUCAAGGUGGUGCACCAGGGAAUGCGCUCUUAUUACUUCAGCGCUGACACUCAGGAAGACAUGCUGGGUUGGGUCCGAGCUCUCAGUCAAUCUGCUACCAUGGAAACGGAAGGCCCCAUGCACAGGCGCUGUUCAAGCUACCAAGAUUUCACUCAGAUGGGCGGCAGCACGGAGUCAGUGAUGGACCUCCCAAAGUCCCCCUCGAACGAGGAGGCUUGUCCAAAACCGAGACACGUCAGCAGAACUUUCAGUGAGCCCAGUCAUCUGAGCGGGGGAAGGAUCGUGACGUCAAACCCGGAGCCGAGAGGCGGGAGGAGCGCUCGUCAGAGGAACUCGAGCCCUUCAGCGCGAACUCCGAGCCCGUGGGGUCCAAACCGGGAGAUGGAUUCCUUCCCUUUCAUCCCGACAACCAGGAGUCAUCUUGGGUCUCGCUCUCACACACCGGCGGGAAGGGCGGACAUUCGACCUCAGGGUGACUCGGUGUCGGUGCCCGACACGCUCUACUACGCACCCGCCUCACCCAAGACAGAAUUCCGAUCCGCUCCUCCCACCCCGCUCCCCGAGCGGUGGCAGAACAUCAGCAAGCCUGCACCUGUUUAUGGAUCUGUGCAUCACGCUGGGCGAAGACCUUUAGGGAAGAGCUACUCGGCGGGGAUCCACGCAGACUCGCUGCCCCCUUUGCCGCCCUCGUCUCGGGCCGCACAUGCGCAUCACCCCCCUCACCGCAGCCAUUUAUCUCCUCCAAAGUCUGAGUCAACACAAAUGCGACCUCUUGAAAGUGAUGCUGACGCUGUGUUGACAAGGUUGUGUGGGUGUGACAAGCUUCUGCAGUCUUUGUCCGUCGAACUCGCCCAACUCCAAAUGGACAAGGAUAGCGUCCAGUGUGCCUUAGAGGUGUUGCGAUUGCAACUGGAGGACUGGGGCAGCCGGGGACCCGGUUCCCGUGAAGAGGUCCUGACCCAGAAGGUUAUGCUGCUGGAAGAACUGGUCACAAUCCGAGCCAGAAUGUGUGACGUGUCAUUGGAAAUGGAGGUUGUGUGGAAUCAGUAUGAGAGAAUGGAAAGUGAACUUUGCGUUUUUCGCUCGCACCUGCAGCACGUUUGCAACUUUGGGAUGCCGCAGGAGCAGUCUCAGGCCCAGAGAGAGCUCUGGAUGAUGGAGGACAUUCUGGCGGGGUUAAAGGUGAACAGGGAGCAUUUCUGCUUCCUGCUUGGAUUCCGCAAACACCACAUGUUUGAGUCCUCGGGUCCGCAUCCCGGAUCUCCUGGUUCUGCCACCGAGAUGCCUCACGUGCCACCGCAGCAGAAUGUGGAGCAAGAGCCACCAAUGCGCCCGCCUUUACCCCAGGAGCUACUGGAAAGCAAGAACCAGGACCUCGGCUGGCCAGAGUCCUCAUAUGACGGGAUCUACGCCGACGAUCCCAUUCACGAACGAGCCAAGAAUCCAGCUGACCACCUACGUGUAAAAGCACACAAGGAUGCAUCUGCAUCUCAGGCAACAUCAACCAAGAAGAUGAAGAUGAGCGAGGAAGAGCAGAUGGAGAGGAUGAAGAGGAACCAGGAGAGGAUGACUAAUAGGAAGAAACCUCCCGUACCCUCCGCAGCUGCCAAGACCCAAAGUUCAGAAACACAAGAGGAGUCUCCUUCUCAGGCCCCCUUCCCUUUGAGGGUGACACGUGUGGUUACCGCCAUGCUGCCGUCUUCCCUGGUGGCCCGGCGGGUUUCCGUGGAGGAUCCCCCGCCAGAGGUCCAAGCCCCGCUGACCGAGCAGCUAUGCCCGCCAGAGCACGGUAAUAAAUCCGAGCCGACAAAGCCCCAGCAGCAUCUUGUCACCAAAACAAGCCGGCCCGCAUCCGGGAGCUCUGAGAUAGAGGCGGACGUGAGCGGAGAAGCUUCUGCAAAAACAUCAAGUUCUGAUUCUCGUGAGCCGUCGGAAGCUCCCCGAGAUGGUCACAGUGCUGAAAUGAAGGCUGUUGAUGGGCCCUCUGACAUGGACCCUGGCCUCUGUAUGAGUCCUGAGCAACGUGAGGCCAAACUCAGGCGUGUGGAACGUAUACGCCAGCAAAUCAUACAAAGUGCCAUUACACCAGUCAAGCACGAGGGACGUCUCCAUGACUCAUCAGGAAAGCAAAAAGCAACAUCAGAUCAGGAAUCUAACUGCCAGGCAAAGACGUUCCGAAGUUCUUUGAGUUGUGUUCCUCCACGUUCUCCCGCCCUUGGUGCGACGUCCCAAGUUGAGAACAGACAAAAGCAACUUGUUGACAAUGCAAAGAGAGACAUCAAGUUUGGGAGCAGAACGCAGCACAAAAGUUACAAUCGCGCCAAAAUCAAACGGCCGCCGUCGCCGCAUCACGUCACGUCCGUGACGCUCUGUCAGAAAGACGCAGGCGAGGACGGUCGCCAACCGGACGGUACCGAAGAUGUCGACGGAGAACACCCGUCUUCCGACUUGAGAGCCAAGUGGUUCCUCUCCACCAACCACCGUCUUGAAUUUGCACCGCCGUGCGACCCUGAUCUUGACAUCAGCGCUGAGGAGAAAGCCCGCGAGGAGGACCAGCCAGACGAGGCCAGCGACUCCGCUACCAUGUCUUCCGCAGUUAGCCAGAGCUUGGAGAAAAUGAAAGAAAACCACUCGCUCUUUUAUAAGAUCGCUUGCGAUAUCAGCAUCUCCGAUACGGACAUCACCAAGAAUGACGGGAACUCCCCGGAGGAGCUCGUCAUCACCGAACACGAGCUCGGUAGCGCAUCCGAUCAGCGCGGCAAGGACGGCGAAGCCAACCAACCGGUAGUCCAAAAUGGCGGGACCAAAGAGUCUGAAGAACGAAAUUUGGGCCUUAACCAGAAUAACUCGAGGACUCCAUCCAGCUCCAUCCACAAUGGAAAGCGUGUCGGUCGGACCGCCUAUUUCCAAAAAGCAAAAGUAACCGUUUUUAGGACCAGUUUGUAAAUCAAAUCAUCUUAUUUCCUGUCAAAAAUAUCUGUUGGACCAUGAGAAGAUAACAAUUCUAACCUCAAACAAUGGAUGGAUAUCAUUGUUGUAUCUUAAACAUCCUCAUUAAUAAAUAUGCUGGGCACUACAUGGAAAAGCCCCCCCACCCCA